UAUACAAAAGUUCUGCUCCCAUAUAUUUCUGUUUCUCUCCAUUUUUGUUAUUGUUGUCACAAUUAUACCUUAUAUUGUGUUCCCACUAACAAAGAUUUAUUAUUUUUUAAUACACUUGGCAUUUGCCUUUUAUAUAGGACAGAAGAGAGACGUUAUAAGCCCAAAGUACAAUACUUCUAGCUUAGGUAGUUACCUGGUGUUGUUUAUUUCUUUGUAUGGCUUUGAGUAAUUGUCUAGUGUCUUUUCAUUUUUGUCUGAAGAAUUAACUCCCUUCAGAUUUAUUGUAGGGCAGACCUGCUAGCAAUGAACUCUUAGCGUUUAUCUUGGAAUGCUUAAUGUCUUCAUUUUUUAACAAUAGUUUUGUUGAAUAUAAGAUUAUUGUUUGAUUUUUUUUCCCUCUCAGCACUUUAAACAUAUCCCACUGAUUUGUACAAUUUCUCCUGAGAAAUCAGCUGUUAAUCCUAUUUAGAAUUUGUAGGCAUGAUAAAAACUGACAAAAACUGCUUCCAGAAUCUUUGUCUUUUGAUUGUUUGAUUAUGUCUCCCUUUGCAUCUCUCUUUGUGUUUAUUAUAGAAGUUGAUUGACCUUCUUGGGGGUUUAGACUUGUGUCUUAUCAACUCUGGGAAGUUUGCAGCCAUUAUAUCUUUAAAUAUUCUUUCUGCCCUAUUUCCUCUUGCCUCUGGAUCUCUGAUUGCGUGUGUGUGUUGAUAAGCUUAAUGCUAAGGUGUCCCCCUAAAUUUGUGUGUUGAGAUCCUGACCCCCAAAAUGAUGGUGUUAGGAGAUGGGGCCUUUGGGAGGUGGUUAGGUCAUGGAGGUGGAGCCCUCAUAAACAGAAUUAAAGCCGUUAUGAAAGAAGCCCUGGAGAGCUCUCCUGCCCGCUUCUGCCAUGUGAGGACACAGCAAGAAGGCACUGGCUGUGAACCAGGAAGUAGUCGCUCACCUGACCAUGCCGGCACCUUAACCUUGGACUUUACAACCACAAGAACUGAUGGAAUCCGACGUGGUAGACCCAGAGCAGAUACUGUACGGGAUUUAAUAAAUGAAGGAGAGCAUUCGUCCAGCAGAAUCCGUUGUAACAUCUGUAAUAGGGUGUUUCCACGGGAGAAAUCACUCCAGGCUCACAAAAGGACUCAUACAGGUGAGAGACCUUAUCUGUGUGACUAUCCAGACUGUGGAAAAGCCUUUGUUCAAAGUGGACAGCUUAAAACCCAUCAGCGUCUUCACACCGGAGAAAAACCUUUUGUUUGUUCAGAAAACGGCUGCCUAAGCAGAUUCACCCAUGCAAACCGCCACUGUCCGAAGCACCCUUAUGCCAGGCUGAAGCGAGAGGAGCCCACAGAUGCUCUCAGUAAGCCCCAGGCUGUGGACAACCAGGCUGCCGCUGAGUGGUUGGCAAAGUACUGGGAAACACGAGAGCAGCGCACUCCCACCUUGAAAGGAAAGCUGGUUCAGAAGGCUGACCAGGAGCAGCAGGACCCGCUGGAGUAUCUCCAGUCUGACGAGGAAGACGACGAGAAGAGUGGUGCGCAGCGGCGGCUCCAGGAGCAGCGGGAGCGCCUGCACGGAGCCCUUGCUCUCAUCGAGCUCGCCAACCUGACGGGAGCACCGCUUCGCCAGUAGCCCGAACACUGACUCGUCCACUGUACAAAAGUACUGCCCAGCAUACUUAAAAAGUAGAUCCUUGGGCAUAAGCUAAGCACCUUAUUUGCUUAUCAUAGGCUGCUAUUCUGUAGAAAUGUAUGAAGAAUGUCAUUGCCCCAGAAUAUGGGGUGAGAGAGAAUUGCACUUUUUUAUAUGGUAAAAGAUAUGUUGUAAAGUUUAAAAUAUUUUGUAAAUAUGGGACUUCUAGUACAGGGUAGAAAACUAAAUAUUGUGGGAGGCUAGAUUUUGCAAGUUUAAUGCAUUCAUUGGAAGCAGUUCUCACAGAAAGCACUUUCUGAAUAAGACACUUGUAUGGGGGAAAAAAAAAAAAAGCAUGGUACAUGUAGCCAAAGAAGGUUUAAAUAGAUUAUUUAUAAGAUCAUUUUUAACAAUGUAUAUUAGUAUGUUUAAUAAUACUGUAAACACUGAAGCAAGCAGAAAGUAUAAGAUGUGAGUAAGGUAUGUAUUUUUAAAAUUGCAAAAUAGUGUGCCUAAUAAGACUAGAGAUGGAAAACUGACUUUCAGAAGACUUUCUAACUUUGGGACUUUGGAAGAAAACAGAUAUUUGAAGAUCUUGGUAAGAUGAACAGUAGUUAAAUUUUUUCAAAAUUGUAUUGAAAUCAGUCUUAUUCUAUCUUUCUGAGGUUUUACAACUCGCUAUGAUGUUUAGGUUUGAAAGCACUUGUCAUCCCUAGCUUGUUAACUUGGGAACUUUUGCACAUUUCAUGUUUCUCAUUUGCUGAAAUCGAAUGAUUAAUCUUGCAAAGUCUAGGUAACUUGGUAAUCGGUAUUUUAAAAAUAUAUUAUGGGCCCUGUAAUGAGAUUUGGCACUUGGAUUUUUAUUAAUAAAAGGGACAUCUACAGGGUUGUUUUGUAGUGAACCAUUUUAGAUCUUUUGUUAGCAAACACUAAAUUUAAAUGUACUGCUUGUUUAGAAUUAUUAGCAAAUGGAAGCCUCCUAUUUAUAUUUUCAGUGCAUAAAGCCACCUUCUUGCUUUACUUCAGAAUAACAUGCCAAGCUAUUUUGUGUUCACUAAAUUAGCUGUCAGUUAAACACUGCAGAAAAUAUUAGCUACUCAAAUAAGUAGGCUUCCAGAAUAGUUUUAACUGCAAGUGUGUUAACUUGUGUGGUGGUUUUAAAUAAUUUUUUCCAAAAUAGAUGAAAUUUUUAAACACCACUUUAUGUACUGAAGCAUGAAUAGAAAAAUGAAGAGCAGAGUAGUUCACCUCCUUUAUGUAGGCAUAAACUUCCAUCAUUUUACCUUGUUUUAAGCAGAAACUAAAUAACAUGCAUAGCAUGGUAAUUUUAUAGGUUGCUUAAUUGGAGUAAACAUCACAAUAAGGGAAAUAAGGGCUCAUCAGUGCCUUUUUUUCUUUUUUUUGUAUUGAAGUAGUAGCCUACAGAUGUAGUUUAAACAUCUAAAAUGUAGGCUUCUUUAUCUCAAAAUCCCAAUGUGUUGCAGUACACAGAUAGUUUAAAAUAUGUAGCCAUGGGGAAGGGGAUGUAUGUAAAUGUACUGAAAUGAGGCAAAAGUAUGAAAGAUAAUAGUAACAAAUAAUGUGUAUGAUGAGGACAUACUUUAAAAAUGUAAUUCCUCUGUACAGUAAAUUACAAAUCUUGAGGGAUUUUUUUUUUUUUUGUAAUAAGAGAAUUUAUAUUUGUAAUGGUCUAAGAAUUUUUUUUUUUGUAAUCUGGUAUAUAGAAUUUUAACUUGGAGCACUUAUGAGCACAGACUAUAGCAUCUGAAUUUUCUUGGUUUAGGUUUCAACAUUUUUCUCUAGAAUUUUUCCUCUCAAAUAUGACUUAAAUGAACUAUAAAAAGCUUCAUCAGUUUUGGGAAAUUUAAUGAACUUACCUAAAGAAGGAAAUGCAGUAGGAAUUUAAAAAAUACAAAUACUUGCCUGUUCACACAUAAUAAAAUUUAAGGCCUUCAAAAGUAAGAGUUUUUGUUUAUUUCUCCUGUCAGCUUUUGUCAAUUAUAAUAGUUAUAUUCACAAACAUUUUUUAUUUGUAUAAUUGGAAGUUUUAAGAAAUUAUUACAAUUAUUUACUAUAGAAAUAUUUAAAAUGUUCCUUUUUUUGAUAUAAGCUAUAUAUUUGGAAAAAUACAUUGGCAUCUAAAAUUUGAGGUGUGUUAAAAAUGUGGUUUACAUUCAAAUUUUUGAAGUGUUUUAUGCUUCAUAUGGCUAAGUUGUAGUUUGGCAGAGUUAACAGCAUAAGAAUAAACAUGCUGUAAUUUUAAAAGUUGCUUUGAAUAAAAACUUACUUUAAUUUACA